GUCAAGCCACGUCAUCCCUUUCGUCUCCUCUCUUUCUCCCAUUUCAUUAUCGGCAAGGCCAAGAAUCAAAUCUGGAAGCCUCGGGAGAGAACCGCAUCGCCCGUCCCCGCCCGCAACACAUUUUCAAGUUUUUCAAAAAUUUUCAAAGCCCAUAAACCGUUUGCGUUUUUUCCUCAAUAAGUUUUUCCAUCAUUUCUUCGCCUCAGAACUUCUCUAUCUGUGCAUUCAGAGAUACAUAGAUAGAUAGAUAGAUAGAUAGAAGGGGUUACGCGGCUUCCGGAUUGAGAAUGGCACCCACGGUGGCUGUCACGGCAGUGGUCAAACAGGCGGAGCAGCUCAGGCAAGACGGCAACAAUUACUUCCAGAAGAACCGAUUUGGGGCCGCCAUUGAUGCCUAUACCGAGGCGAUUACCUUGUGCCCUAAUGUUCCUGUGUAUUGGACUAAUCGUGCUUUGUGCCAUCUCAAACGGAAAGAUUGGACAAGAUUGGAAGAGGAUUGUAGGAGAGCAAUUCAGCUAGACUGUAAUUCUGUUAAGGCCCAUUACAUGCUAGGUCUUGCAUUGCUAAAGAAGCAAGCGUAUUCUGAAGGAGUCAGAGAAUUGGAAAAAGCAUUGGAUCUUGGAAGAGGUGCUAAUCCUAAGAGUUACAUGGUAGAGGAGAUCUGGCAAGAGCUUGCAAAAGCCAAAUAUUUGGAGUGGGAACAUGAAUCUAACAAGCGCACUUCUGAACUCUAUAAAUUGAAAGAAUCCUGUGAGACAGCUCUUAAGGAGAAACAUUUACUUAAUAUCUCACAGAUGGAAGGUUUUUUAGAUGAAAAGGAAGACAUUUUUUCAAAACAACUUGAAGCUUUGAAUGAAGUGUUCAGGAAAGCUGUAGCAGAUGAUACCCCAAUUGAUGUGCCUGAUUACUUGUGUUGUAAGAUCACGCUCGACAUUUUUCGUGAUCCUGUCAUUACUCCCAGUGGGGUUACAUAUGAGAGGGCAGUCAUCCUUGAACAUUUGGAGAAGGUAGGCAAGUUUGACCCAGUUACAGGAAAAGCACUCUAUCCAUCUCAGUUGGUACCGAAUUUUGCUAUUAAAGAAGCGGUGCAAGCAUAUUUGGAUAAGCAUGGCUGGGCUUACCGGAUGGAUUAAACUUCUACGAGGUACAAGUUGAUAAUGGAUGUUGCAGUUUCUCAGGUGUCUGUGCUCGUCGUUAGGUCUCUAGAACGCCUUUCAUCUAAAUACCAAUCCGGUGGUAUCAUUGAUCAUAGUUCACACAUUAUGUCAUUCAUACAGAUGUAUAGUCCCUACGCUUUCGCUCUUAGGUCUUCAUCAAACUGUACAGUUAUGACAUUUUUGUACACUUUUACAGCAACCCUGAGCUUGUAGCAUGUGAUGAAGAACGAGUUUGCAAUUGUUUGUCUGUCUUUUCCGA